CAGUCUUUGUUUGUCGUUUUGAAGCGCUUUGCAUGAUACACAAGGAGAAAUUUGUGAGAGCGUCCUUCUUCUUGGUAAUGUGUGUGGGACUAUAAGAAAUUGUGUAUUCGGCAUUAGUUUAUCUGUUCUGCUUGCGUGUGGUGCAGUGGAUCAGUAAGAAUGAAGAAAAAGUACGCGGAAGAAGAUUCGGAAAAUGAGUUUUCUGUUGACGAACCUGAAGAAUUAGAAGAAUCUGAUGAUGACUGGACUCCGGCAGCAAGUGAGGCAAGGGGAGGACGAAGGCAAUCGUCACGUCGUGGACGUACACCAGUCAGUGCAAAGAAACCUAGACUAGCUGAACCACGAACCAGUGAAGACGAAGACGAAGACGAGGAGGAGGAAGAGGAAGAACCAGAAGAAGGAGAUGAGGAAGAUGAAGAGGAAGGAGGAGAUGAGGAGGAGGAUGAAGAGGAGGAAAGUCAACCAGAGAGUGACGAAGAAAAUGAUAAAGCUAAAAAGAAGAAAGGUCGUGGAGGAAACACCGCUGUGCGAGGUGGAAGAGGUCGUGGGAAAAAAAAUACUACCACAAACAUACCACCAUGUGCUUUUGCAAAGGACAAGGGAGCUGAAACAGAUAUUUCCUCUACAACAGGAUCAGAAAAUGCAUUACCAACACCAGUGGAGAAAGAAUUCACUUCUGGAGCGUUUGUGGUGUUGAAGGCAGACUUCCAGAACCAGAAGGAUCCUCCGAUAUGGAAGAUUGAUGGAAAAGCCUUGUUGCAGAAAUAUGUUCCAUUUGAACAAGAUGGAAAAAUAAUGUACAGGAAUACAUCCACUUAUUCUGGUUGGUCUACGGUACUUAAAGAUAGAUACUAUCCUGCCCAAAUUGCUUUUAAGAUGCAGAACAGGAAGGAAACAGUAGUUGAAUUUCUCAGAGACAAGAUUAAAGUGGAGGAUAGUGAGUGAAAACCCAUGGCUGAAUGGACAACGUGUCUUGGUGAAUCAGUUACUUUUUUAUGUAAAGCAUGUAAUUUGUGUAGCAAAAUUUUGUUCCUUUUUACAAAUGAGUUUGAAACACAUACCAUCUGGUAAUUGUUUCAUUUGGACAACUGUUGAGGUCUGUGUCAGUGUAGGUUUUGUGACUACAGUUAUACCUUUAAAACUCUAAUCUUUUCAUUGUGACUAAGUGAUUGUUAGAAUUCAAAGUUUCAGUAGUUUUAAGACAUUUUUCAGUACUUUUUCGCAUUUUUCCAAUGCAUGUCAUUUUAGAAACUCCAUGAAGAAAAUGUAAAUGUGACAUCAUCAUUAUAUCAGUAGCCACUAUUUUAGUACAGUUUUACAAAAUUUUAAAUUAUUAUUUUUGGUCUCGUCAGUCAGUGGCAAUUAUGUGAGAUGUAAUUGAUGAUUGUAAUAAAAGGUUUAAGUUCUUUUGCUUAUUAUAAUACUACUAGUUGUAGAGACUGAGGGUGUAUACAGUUGUCUGCAAUCAGUGAUCAUUUCUUUGUUCAGUUGUGCUAUUCUGUAUGAUUUAACAUGUUGAUUAUAUGCACUUAUUAUUAUUCAGACACCGAAUUUGACUGAAUUUAAAAAGAUAGUAAUUUAAGUUUGUCUUACAUAAUUGAUUAUUAUUCCAUAGUUACAUUAUUGUCAUAUGCUAUUGUAAUAAACUUCUCUUUCUGUAAUUUUGUAUAUUA